AUGGUCUGGCAGUUUCUGGCAUGGACUGCCGGCACUUUCUUCUUCGUCUUCUUUUGCUACCUUCUCCGCCCACUCGAGUAUUUCCCAAUAACCUUCUUUACUAUCAUUGCUGCCGCCUUCAUCAUUUUUGAUCCUCGCGAGUGGAUGCUCCAGAGUUAUUUCGAGGCGCACGAAUUCUUACUACACAUGCCUAUCAACGACUUUCUCGAGCAAUAUUUUCAUACCUUUGUCACCAUUAUCUCGGGUCUCUGGCUUGUCCACCGAACCUUUCAAACAUUGCUCAAACCAGUCUCGGAGCUGGUCAAUAUACUCGGUGUCGACAUUCCCGACCCCCCGGAUGUCUGCCUUGCUGGCAUCCGCUCCGAUGCUGCUACACUCAGCUGGAGCCGUCCGCCAAGCAAUAGACCUGUCCAGAAAUAUACCAUACAAGUCAAUGGCGUCAAUGCUCCAGUCGGCGACUCUCCUGGAAACGAAAUAGCCAUCACCGUCACUGGCCUAAGACCGAACCACUAUUAUAAUGUCCGCGUCGUUGCCGUGGCGCCCAACAACUUUCAGUCAUCGAGCCCUCCUUUGCGCCUGCAAACAUUUGGGAAACAUGGCAAGCCACAACUGGGCAUCGCUCGCCUACCCGUCAACUUGUCGCUUGAUGAGCACCGCCGUGGGUCUACCGACGACGGUAAUGAGUCCGACUCUCCUUCUUGCGCUGUCCCCACACUGGAAUCUGCUCCCGUGUUGGACAGCGCCGUGUCUGUCGUUCGCGACCCUAACGGUUCCCUGACGAGCCAGCGGCGCAACACCGUUAAUCGGCGCCAUUCUCCCUCUGUUGCGAGCUCCGAUCGGCCGCAGAUUAAGCAUCAAGCCUCCGAUGAACCUGAAGUCUCUCUAGAUGAAUUAAAUAAGCGAUUUGAGAGUAUCAGAAAGGAAAUUGACGACACCCUCGCCCAAUAUGUCAAAGACGAGGCCGACUCUAAACUCCAAGAAGACGACUUGAAAAAGGAAAAGGAACGAAAACGUUUGAUCCUAAAAGAGAAGGAAGAACAAACCGCACAGCUCAAGAUACAGGUUAGGACGACCAUGGAACAAAUGCGCACCGCUGAGAAAGAACGCGCCAAGAAGGACCAGUGCCUGAAGGAUAAAGAGGCUAAGAAAGCCAAGGCAAAGGACAACAUCACAAAGCUGGAACACGAAAUCGAGCGCAUGAAAAAUGAGCGUAAGAAGUUUCAAGCGCAAGAUGCCGAGUUGCUUCAAAACAGAGACAAGCAAGGUCGCUCUCUCGACCAGGCCAACAGAGAACUUCAAGACAAGUGUGCUGAAUUGGAAUCCGAACUCAAGGAGAAAGGGAAGCAGUUGCAGGACCUCAAGGCCGCGCGGGAGCUGUUACCUGGCGCCGAUGAUCAACAAUGGAAAGAGGAGGAUUCCCGUCUUAGAGAGGAAUGGGACGCUGCCAGGCACAGAUUGCAUUCCACUAUAGUACAGGAAAUGACUAUGGCUGGCCAACUCGACCAAAAGAUCCAAGCCAUGACCGAUCAAGUUGCUCAUGUUCUGCAGCCAACAUUUUACCAAUCAACGGCUUCCACUGGCCCCGAAUAUGACAAUUCGGUGGCUGCUGUGCAGAGGACACGGAGUGCGAAUGGUGCUUCGCUUCCUGAGCAAGGCACCCCGUCACCACAUCCGCUUCCUACAUCCGAGUCAGGAUAUCCACCGCCAGCAGGUUUUGCGCCCUUUCCCAAAAGGUUAUUCGCCGAUGAGCCAGAUCCAAUGGAUGAAAAUCAAGCAGGGGCCGAGUUCAAGCUGGCUUCCGGCCCGCUGAGCCCGUUGGCCCAGACGCUCUUGCCUUCUAACAUAUUCGAGGAGGACCCGACUGAAGAAGAAACGACCGGGUCCUACAUCCGCGAGCCUAUCGGUACAACAGGAGAUGAUGCACAAUCGCCCGCUUCCUCUAGCCCGUCGUACCGCGCAUUCUCUAGCCCUCAUGGGUCAAAUCACAACUUGCCCUACUCACCGUACGAGAACGCCGAUAGGAGCUCGUUGAACCUCCAUCCAGUACCAAACUCCCCUGCGGCUAUCGGUCAUAGGUUUAGUGGCCUACUUUCUACAUUUCAGCGCAACAGAGGCGCAAAGCAUAUUGAUGAAGGCCCUCCAAUCGGAAGCCUUAAAACCGGUCAAAGUCAGUCUUUUCCGCGUGGAGCGGAAGAGUUCGAAGCCAGCGAAUCCCGCCGUCGAUCCAACUUUCCUUGGGUCAGUCGUAGCUCGACCGGCCCUGAAGGGACAAUCGGUGGUCACUUAUCGCUAAUGGGCAGAAGGUUGAACCCAAUGAACCCCCCGAACGGCGCGGACCGGGAUCCAAACUCGCGACCUGCUUCCAUUGCGUCUGCGGAUAUGCCCAGGCCCUCAACUGAUAGUGGAUCCAUUUGGGGCCAGCCAAGUGACGGCGCAGUGUCCAAAAACCGACUCUGGCAGGCAGCCGAUGGCCGCUGGCCCUCACGUAGCAACUCGAGGCGCCCGUCUAUUCACGGCACGGGCAAUCUGCUGACCACCACGCUUGCGUCCGCUGACGAUGAGAUUCUUGAUGAGUACGACCUGCGUAAUCCUCAAACCUCAGCUAGUCAAGUCGGCGUUAUCGGAUCAGGUCACCCUGCAAACACCAAAUUUGUGAACCAGAGGCUCAACCCGAGCGCGCCUACGUUCGUUGGCAACUUGUUUAGAAAGGAUAGAUCCAAGUCUCGAGACGCAGCUCCAAGCCUGGAACUGCAAACAAACACCGACGAUCCGCCGUCCGGAUCUAGAAUCUCUCGGGAUACUCAGUCAAUCCACACGCAAACCUCGAUAUCUGUUUCGGAAUCUCACGAGUCACUGAUGCUGGAUGGAAGUAUAUCAAACGCGCCUUCUGACCUAAACUCUCUGUCCGGCUCGCUCUCCAAGGACCCUGAGAACAAGGUGAAGAAGCUCUUCCGCAAGGGCAGCUCUGGCAAGUUUGGCUUGUCUUCGAGGCUUGGCAAGGAUUCUGGGCUGUUUAAGAAGAGCCCUGGGAGCACAGCCAAUUCUGACAAAAACUUGUCGGCUGAUCAGCGAUCCAGCAUUGGUGAUGUUGAUGACCUGGGCGAAGAGGCUCAAUUUGGCCGAAGCUACGAUAGCAUGGCAAGCAACCCUGCGCUUGGGUCUAAAGCAUCCAAGGACGGCAGUCAGUCUCGCAUUGGGUCCUGGCGCUUCUCGAAGAAGAAACGGGGCAAAGACGCGCCGGCAAAGGAAAGCCUGGACAUUGACAAGAAAGCACAUGACGAGUAG